UCCUAGGUCAGCUUCUGAUCUGGAAAAAAAUGCUUCUUGGGGAACUCUCCAAGGAAGUCUUGACCCGGCCACUGACCCGGAACGAGGUCUUGGGCACCCUCCUCCGCCUGACUAUUUUUGGGGCCACCACCUAUUUCAGCAUCAAGUGGGUCUCGGAUGCUUUGGACCCGAGUCGGAAGCAGAGGAUCCAUCUCAAGAAAAAGGCUGAAGGCUUGAUGAAACAGAUUGGAGUGGAGAGGCUGAAACUGACCGAACACGAGAUGGCCAUUGCCUCCCAUUUGGUCGUUCCGAGAGACAUGAAGGUCUCUUGGAGAGAUGUUGCAGGCCUAGAGGAGACGGUCCGUGAGCUCCAGGACUCGGUCAUCCUGCCAUUCCAGAAGAGGCAUUUGUUUCGGCACUCCGCUCUCUGCCAGCCGCCAAGAGGUGUCUUACUUUAUGGUCCUCCGGGCUGCGGCAAAACCCUCCUUGCCAAAGCCAUUGCCCAGGCGUCGGGAUGCAGGUUCAUCAACCUCCAGGCCUCCACCUUGACGGACAAAUGGUACGGGGAGUCGCAGAAGCUCGCGGCCGCCGUUUUCUCUCUGGCAACCAAGAUCCAACCCUGCAUCAUCUUCAUAGACGAAAUAGAUGCCUUCUUGAGGAACCGCUCCGAGAUGGACCACGAAGCCACCGCCAUGAUGAAAGCAGAGUUCAUGAGUCUUUGGGAUGGUUUGGAGACGGGGCCCGACUGCCAGGUCAUGGUGCUUGGAGCCACCAAUCGGCCCCAAGACGUGGAUCCGGCCAUCCGGAGGAGAAUGCCAACCACCUUCCAGAUUGGUCUCCCCACACAAAGACAGCGGCAGGAAAUUCUGAAGCUCAUUCUUGCUGGUGAAAAGAUGAGCAAUGCCGUGAGCUUGAAAGAACUGGCUGCCAAAACACAUGGCUACUCUGGGAGUGACCUGUGGGAACUGUGCCGGGACGGCGCCAUGUACCGGGUGUGCGAUUAUGUCCGAAAGCGACAAAUGAGGCAGAUAGCCCACAUGCUGCACGAGGACGGAGACAGCGAGGCGGAAAGUGAUUUGGAAGAGGAGCAGUUGCGGCCAAUUACUCAAGUGGACCUGUUGCUUGCCUUGGAGAAGAUGCAAGAGUCCAAGAUGGCUUCGGCCUCCAUGCCAGCCUUGAAAGGACCCGCGUCGGAUUGAGUUGGCCUGCCCUGUAAGCCUAUGGAGUGAAGAUGACCAAGUCCUUGCCAAGUUUGUUAAGAGGGUGGGAGAGAAUCUGUAUAAUCCAACGGUGGGAGUGGGAGAGGAACCUGGACUGAGCACAUCCACAUGGGGUGGGAGGUGGUGAAGGACACCUGUAAAUAUCAGAGAAGACUCACGCCCAAGGAAGAGGUUGAGCAGGAAACGAGGCACAACUGGGAUGGUCGGGUGGAGAAGGCGAGGAACCCCACCAUCCCAGUUUCCCCAAAGACUUCCGGAAGAAGAUGUAGUACUUACGUGUGAGCAAAUACAAUCAUCAAUAAAACCA